CCUGCCCCUGGCCAUUGUCUGCUGCACCCGACGCCCCUCAUCCAGGCCCCGAGUUCCUAUCCCUGCCCUCCAGCCCGGCCACCACCCCAGCCCGCCCCAGCCCCGCCGCCAUGGAGCGCUGGCCUUGGCCGUCGGGCGGCGCCUGGCUGCUAGUGGCUGCCCGUGCGCUGCUGCAGCUGCUGCGCGCAGACCUGCGCCUGGGCCGCCCGCUGUUGGCGGCACUGGCACUGCUGGCCGCGCUCGACUGGCUGUGCCAGCGCCUGCUGCCCCCGCUGGCCGCACUCGCCGUGCUGGCCGCCGCCGGCUGGAUCGCGUUGUCCUGCCUGGCACGCCCGCCGCGCCUGCCUGUGGCCACUCGCGCGGUGCUCAUCACCGGCUGUGACUCUGGUUUUGGCAAGGAGGCGGCCAAGAAGCUAGAUGCCAUGGGCUUCACGGUGCUGGCCACUGUGUUGGACUUGGAUAGCCCCGGUGCCAUAGAGCUACGUGCCUGCUGUUCCCCUAACCUAAGGCUGCUGCAGAUGGAUCUGACCAAGCCAGCUGACAUUAGCCAUGCACUGGAGUUCACCAAAGCCCACACCACCAGCACGGGUUUGUGGGGCCUGGUCAACAAUGCAGGCUUGAAUGAUGUGGUGGCUGACGCAGAGCUGUCCCCAGUGGCCACGUUCCGCAGCUGCAUGGAGGUGAAUUUCUUCGGCGCACUGCAGCUGACCAAGGGCCUCUUGCCACUUUUGCGCCGUUCGAGGGGUCGCAUAGUGACUGUGGGCAGCCCAGCAGGAGACAUGCCGUAUCCAUGCUUGGGUGCCUACGGGACCUCCAAAGCGGCCCUGGUACUGCUCAUGGACACAUUCAACUGUGAACUUCUGCCCUGGGGGGUCAAGGUCAGCGUCAUCCAGCCUGGCUGUUUCAAGACAGGUGAAGAGUCAGUACGAAAAGUGGACCACUGGGAGCGGCGCAAGCAGCUGCUGCUUGCCAACCUGCCCCAAGAGUUGCUGCAGGCCUACGGCGAGGACUACAUCGAGCACUUGUAUGGACAGUUCCUGCAUUCGCUGAGCCUGGCGCUGCCCGACCUCAGCCCGGUUGUAGAUGCCAUCAUUGACGCGCUGCUGGCAGCUCAGCCCCGCCGUCGCUAUUACCCCGGCCGUGGCCUGGGGCUCAUGUACUUCAUCCACUACUACCUGCCCGAGAGCCUGCGGCGCCGCUUCCUGCAAGCCUUCUUCAUCAGUCCCUGUCUGCCAAGAGCUCUGCAGCCUGGCCAGCCCAGCCCUACCCAGGGUAGAGUCCAGGGCCCAGACCCAAACCUAGGCCUUUCCCCCACGGGAGCCCACUGAGCAGUGUACACAUAUGGCCUAGCUGCUCCAGCAGAGGCGGUCCCAUGAGCCCUUGACCCUCCCCUGGGCAUUGUGACCCCCAAGUCUGCCCUAGAGCCUACCCACUGCCAAUGCCCCAGGCCAGGCCUGGUGAGGCUGAGGCUUCUCUACUGCUUCAAGAGCCUAAACAGACCCUCUGGGGCACAAGGCUCCACCCUGCACCUUGGAAACCCCAGGUGGAUGGGGAGUUUCGUGCAAGACGUAGUUGUAGCAUUUGACAGAAUCCCGCAGACAGUGCCUCUGCAAACUAAGGAGUGAUGGGGUGGGUUGGGGACCCCCCUCAGGAUUACUUCUCAGCACAGUACCUCAGUGCUGCAAUUCAAAGGGUGACUCCCAACUGUUUCUUGACUGGAUCAAGAAUUAGGGCCCCAAUCACCCACUCCAAGCCCCACAAGCCACAGGGAGGCUGCAUAUCCUACUUGCCUGAUUGCCAUUUUUUAAAUAAAGAUAUAUUUUUAUUUCUCCUAGAA